UUUUCUUUUUCUUUCUCUCUUUUUUUCUUUAAUAUAUUUUUAAUACUCGUUAUUUCUUCACAGAUGUGCAACGAAUGGGCGAUAGAUACACCAUGUCCGGCAGGCGACCGUGACUUCUGCCGAUCCUUGCACAUUUUGGAUAGCCGAGGGAAUAGUGUCUUGGUGAGCAAAAGCUGUGCGAGUAGUACGGAAUGUGGACCAUCCUCAGUCGGUUGUAUUCCCGUGGACACGCAGCAGAUCUGCAUAAGUUGCUGCGAUCUAAGCUACUGCAACGUCGAGUCACCAACAAAUGCGACGAAUGCGAUUUAUUCGCGCAAACGACGGGCCAAACCAAAAACGAAACGCAAACGACCCGGUAGAAAUGGAGUCGAUGGUACGGACUCAAGGUUUUACGGAUCCGGAGUGUUCUGGCUCUUAGCCUCGAUCUUCUAUGCAUAUCAUUGCUGAAAAAAGAUGAAAGACAGAGAGAGUAAGGGAGAGAGUGAGAGAGAGAGAGAGCGAGAGAGAGAGAUCGACUCUGGCCAACUUGCAAUCUCAAAGUCUCUCUUUGAUUAUCUUCCAUUAAAAACAGAGAGGAAGAUUAAGGAAUGCGUAUGAGCGUAUGAAUAUAUUCCUUUUCUAGAGAAAAUAAAAAAUAAAAAAAAACAGAGAAAAUAAAGAAAAAAAAAAUAGAUUCUCAUCGUCGUCAUCCUUUUCUUCGGAUUACGCGCAGGCGUUUGUGAAAAUACCUCGCAGAAAUAUUCCGAGAGAUGGUUAUUUUCUUCUUCUUUUUUUUGUGGGUUUCUCGGUAGAUAAUAUUAAAAAAAUAA